AUGCACUCCUUUCAGUUACUGUGUUCUCUCCUCCUCUGCAAUGCCCUGGUGGUAGCUGCCCAGAGAAAACUACAGAAGGUCCCGGAGCAGGAGGAGAACAUCACACGGAUAAGGAUGCCUCAAACUCUCUCCCGAGAUCCCUCUAUGACAGUUCGAGCCGAUCUGACAGGAAAGUAUAAGAACAGAAUGUAUGCAUAUGAACCAGAAGAUAUUUCAAACUUGAUUGAAAACAUGAGACGAGCAAAGACACUUCUCCACACAGAACUAUGAACAAUGGGCCUGACCAG